AUGGCUUCCUUCAUGGGAGACCUGUGGUCCAGCAUCUUUACCCCAGGACCCACCCCGACUCUCUUGAUCGCGACAAACGUCACCUUCGCUGCACUCCAACUUGUUUUCCUCGGCCUCCUUCUAGCCACCUACAGCCUCCACUUCGUCGCCUUAUCCAUCAUCAGCGCUGGACUAUGGUGGUCCAUCAACUGGUUCGCCGCUGAGGUGCGGCUUGCCCAGCAGGCGCAGGAGGCCGAGAAAGAAAAACAAGAGUCUGAGGACAACGCGAAGACGCGCCGGAAGAGUCCCGUAAGAGAAAGCGCCGAUAGCGAAACGGAGACAGAAGACCUCGUCGCGAAGAAGACAGACAACAAGUCUAGUGCCGUCGCGACCGGGAGUGCAACGUCCGGAUUGCUGCCCACGGCGCGCGAUCCUAAGAAGCGACCCAACACUGGGGGUGAGGGGUCUGGGUAUGGGAGCACUGAUAGCGAGUGGGAGAAGGUUGAUGAUAGUCGGUCUUGA